AUGUCCAACACCAAUUCUCGGCAAUUUUGGAAAGCUGGAUACUACGAAAUAGAGCAGGGACAGAGGUGCAAAGCCGCAAACCAAUAUGGAAAAAACCAUAUGCGCAUACACCCUAUGUUCCUUCACUCAAAUGCCACUUCACAUAAGUGGGCUUUUGGAGCCAUGGCAGAGUUGCUUGACAAUGCAGUUGAUGAGGUACAAAACGGAGCUACUUUUGUUAGCAUAGACAAGAUCUCUACCCCACGGUAUGGGACUCCAGCUUUGCUAAUUCGAGAUGAUGGCGGCGGAAUGGACCCUGACUCUAUAAGGCGCUGUAUGAGCUUUGGGUUUUCAGAUAAGAAAUCAAAGUUUACCAUUGGACAAUAUGGAAAUGGAUUCAAGACUAGCUCUAUGAGACUUGGAGCAAAUGUUAUUGUCUUCAGUCGCCACUUGAAAUCAAGGUCACUGACUCAAAGUGUUGGACUCCUUUCCUAUACAUUUUUGAGGUGGAUGGGCUACAACAACGUAGUUGUACCAAUGGGACCUUGUAAUGCCAUCUUGGGUUCACUUAUCAGUGUGAAAUGCUUGGUCUCCUUAUUCAACGGAAGACGAGUUGCUGAAGCAAGAUAUUUGUAUUACGGUGACAAAACUGGCAGAAUGAAACCAAUUCAGUAUGUUGCUAACCUAUAUCAGCACUCUCUCCGUGCAUAUGCAUCAAUCCUGUAUAGGCAGCUACCACAGUACUUCAGAAUAAUUUUGCGUGGACGAGAUAUUGAGUACCAUAAUAUUGCCGAGGAUCUCAAAUAUGUUCAGUUUAUCAAGUAUAUGCCACAAUUUGAUGGAAACCUGGAGGUUGAAAUUAUUACCGCAAUAGGGUUUUUGAAGGAAGCACCACAUGCUAAUACUCAUGGUUUUAAUAUCUACCAUCGGAAUCGUCUGAUACUGCCAUUUUGGCGUGCAGUUAGAUGUACAGACGGUACUGGAAGAGGAGUUGUCGGUGUCCUGGAACCAGAUUUUAUUCAGCCUACUCACAACAAGCAAGAUUUUGAGAAAACUUCCCUCUUCCAAAAGCUUGAAGAUCGUUUAAAGCAAAUGACAGUGGAGUACUGGGACAAAUAUUGCAGACUGAUUGGUUAUCAGCAAGUUAAAAAAACUCCAUCGACAACGACAACAUUACCUUCUUCCGCAACUCAGAAUUGUGUGGACCAAGACCAACCUUUGUUACUGAAUCAUGGUUCCCAAUAUGAAAGCUCAAACUCAAGAGCAGGUUUGAUCAAAAAGAGGAAGGAUCCUCUUGAUCCUCCUCUGAAACUACAACAUGCAAAAAGGCACAUGGGAUCAUCCUGUGGAACUGAUGUCCAGUGCAUUAGUGAACAGCCUGAAAAUAGCGUUGAGGGCAUGAUGCAAGUUUCACAGAAGAUGCUUCUGAUGCAAGAAAACAAAAGGCUUCGGUCACGGCUGCUCGCAUUGCAGAAAAUGGUGCAAGAACUUGAUUUGAAGGUGCAACAACUGAAGGAUGAACAAAAGAAUGUGGAACAACAUGCAGGUGAACUAGAGAAUGAACUGACACAGCUGACACAGACGUUGUUUGAAUCAUGCAAAUGGAAUAUAUACGAGCAGCACGUUUGCUAG